UCUCACAUAUGGCAUGGCGGACCAAAUCAAAAGUCACCACGGGCCCUAGUUUGGGCAUCUCUGUUCUAACUGUUGUAGUAGCACGUAGUCAUUCGAACUAAGGUUCAAGAAGCGCAUAAUAAUUCUAAAUACUGUUGUAGUAGCACCUAGUUAUUCGAACUAAUGUAACAUUAGCACAAAGUCAUUCAAAAGAAUGUUCUAGUAGCACAUAGACAUUGAAAAGAAUGUUCUAGCAGCAUGGAAUACAACACACACACACACACACACACACACACACACACACACACACACACACACACACACACACACACACACACACACACACAAGGCUAUAGCGGAGCCUAUAGUCACGCGUGCUGUGCUUUACACGGCCCCCAACGCGCUCUGCUUCAAAUACUACACACACCACUCGACAGCUGCCAAGACAUCAGGCUCGUUCCCAAGGCUCCUCUUUAACUCGGCCCAGAACGCGUACGACGGCCGUGCCUGCUUUUCGCCCGUUUUUACACACCACAUCGCACCAAAUGCGCAGCCCGCCGGCUUGAGCACAACGCGCGCCGCGCCUUUUCAUGUGCGCUACGCGAGACUGUUGCUCUCUAGUCGGCCAGGCCGGGCCACGGGAGAAACGAGAAAGCCCGUCCUCGCUCAGCGUGUGCUUCAACGUUUUGAAUCUCGUUUUGCGAGUGGGAUUUUCACCGAGAAAUGCCAUGAGAAAACACAUCUGAGCGCGCGCCGCGUCCGUGCAUUCAUUCAGCGGCGCGCGAGUUGAGUCUACAACGCUCUCAUAUCUGUUUUUAAGACCAGCCCCCGGCCGCGAGGAGGGAGGUUCCUGUGUUACACACUAACGUACAGUGUACGACUCGUGUAUUCUACGUAGUUCCAAGAGAGAUGGCAGAAGUCGCACCCGCUCCCGCCGCCGCGCCGGCCAAAGCGCCCAAGAAGAAAGUAGCUUCGAGAGCAAAAAAAGCCGGCCCUAGCGUCGGCGAGCUGAUCGUCAAAGCCGUUUCCUCGUCUAAGGAGAGGAGCGGCGUGUCUCUCGCUGCUCUGAAGAAAGCGCUGGCUGCCGGCGGAUACGAUGUGGAGAAGAACAACUCCCGCGUCAAGAUCGCCGUUAAGGGUCUCGUGACUAAAGGCACUCUGGUGCAGACCAAAGGGACCGGCGCGUCUGGCUCUUUCAAGCUGAACAAGAAGCAGACCGAAGCCAAGAAGCCCUUGAAGAAAGCCGCGCCCAAAGCGAAAAAGCCCGCCGCCAAAAAGCCCGCCGCUACUAAGAAGCCCAAGAAGGUAGCGGCCAAGAAACCCGCCGCCGCGGCCAAGAAGUCUCCUAAGAAAGCGAAGAAGCCCACAGCCGCCGCAAAGAAAGCCACCAAGAGCCCGAAGAAGGCGAAAAAGCCGGCGACCCCUAAAAAGGCAGCCAAGAGCCCCAAGAAAGCGAAAGCUGUCAAGCCCAAGACCGCAAAGCCUAAAGCGGCAAAGGCGAAGAAGGCAGCACCCAAAAAGAAGUAAAGACGUUUGUUUCUUUCAUGCUUUUGUUCCUUAAACGGCUCUUUUAAGAGCCACCCAUAUUUUCCUUUAAAGAGCGACAAUUCAUUUUCAGUCAAGCUUUAUGGAAUCAAAGCAAUACACGUUAGAAACGUUAAAUUGUAUGGAUACACAUAUCUGCUACAUAUCAUGUACACAUAACCACAAGCUGAUGCUGAUUUUAGUACAGUAGAAUAGAAUCCUGAUCGUGAUUCCUAAACGUCAUUCCUGAUCUCCAAAACGAUCACAGAAUAUGUAGGAUAACAUAUUGAUACAUAAUAAAUCAAUGUUAAUUAUAAGAAUAAAUAAAUUCAGUAUAUAGUU